AUGGCGUUAGAACUCCAAGGGCUGAGAUCCAGCUCCAAUCUCAGUGAUUUGCCCAGUCCCUGCCGCCAGCCUGGGAAAAGCUGGGGACUAUACACGUCAAAGGUUCCUCAAGCCCAUACCCAGAUCAGCAUCAAGAUCUCCCUCAAGAGCUCUGAAAUGAAAACAACAGGAGAGCCCACCCCCAGCCUUGGGCAGACCCUGGAGUGGCUGAGAAAGGAGCUGGCUGAGAUGCAGGUUCAAGACCAGCAGCUUCUUCUCACACUGAGGCAUCUUCACAGUGUCCUGGCAGAGCUGCAAGCCCAGAGUGUGCACUGGGACGAUGCCAGGUCCAGCAGAGGAGCGUCUCCCAUCCGGGCUCGAGCAGGCUCCGAAGGCAAGGGCUGCCAGCCUGUCUACUUGAGGGGACUGGCCCAGAUCCUCCGAGGGGAAGAGAGCAGACGCAGCUCCCUCCCUUAA